CCCGAUCUGGCCUUUCAUUACCUCUGGUACUAUGGGAGUAUAGGGAUUGAUUCAUUUCUGAAGCGGACGAGUGACUCCUGUGGGGCCUUCACUUUCACUCUAACGAGGAACGAGAAACAGUCGCUCGACUCAUUGAGCCCAGCCGACUUCCGCUAAAUCGAACCCUAACGAUACUAUAGAGACGAAGCAUCGGCGACGAGGAAGGAAACAAUGGUGUCGGACUCGGAGCUUAUUGACCGGCUUCGGGAGUUUCUUCGAAAUUCGGACUUGAACACCACGACGAAUGCUAUCGUGCGCCGAAAGCUGGAAGAGGAUUUCGGUAUUGAUUUAUCCGAUAAGAAGGCGUUUAUUAGGGAGCAGGUGGACUUAUUCCUCCAAAACGAGCUCGAGAAUGCCGAAGAAGAAAACGAAGAAAGUGGCAAUGAUGGUGAUGAUGAUAAUAAGAAGGAGAAGGUUAAAUCAGAGGAAACCGGCGGCCCUGAAUCCAUGGAGGAGGUUAUUGACGAUGAGGAAAAAGAUGAAGGCGAUGAGGAAGAAGCAGAUGAAGCUGGUGAAGAAGAAUCGAGUGACGGAAAACCUGCAAGAAAAAGACGGUCUGGGAAGCUCAAUAAUGAGCCAAAGAAAAGAGGGGGUGGUUUUUGCAAAUUAUGUAGCCUUUCUCCACAACUUCAGGAAUUUCUUGGGGUGCCUGAAAUGGCUAGAACUGAGGUUGUCAAACAAUUAUGGAAUCAUAUCAAAGAGAAAAGUUUGCAAGACCCAAGCAAUAGGCAAAAUAUACUUUGUGAUGAACCACUGCAAGCCCUUUUUCGUGUUGACUCUAUCAACAUGUUUCAGAUGAAUAAGGCCCUAUCAAAGCAUAUCUGGCCGUUGGGUUCAGAUACUGUUAUUCCAGUCAAGUCAAUACAGAAGGAAGAGCAACAGAAACAUGAGAAAGAAGAAGAUCCAGAUGAGCCAAAGAAAAAGGAAAAGCGGCAGAAAGGUGAAAAAUCUGGCUUUCUUGCUCCCCUUCAACUUUCGGAUGCCCUAAUAACAUUCCUUGGUACUGGAGAAAGUGAACUAUCACGUACUGAUGUUGUAAAGAGAAUGUGGGAAUACAUAAAGGAAAACAACCUCCAGGAUCCAUCUGACAAGAGGAGAAUAAUAUGUGAUGAGAAGCUGAAAGACCUCUUUGAUGUAGAAUCCUUCGUUGGCUUCACUGUGACAAAACUGCUAGCUGCUCAUUUUUCAAAGACCUAACGUGAGAUGCUCGUUCUGUCGUUCUUGUUAAGCCCAAGAGGAAUUGGUGUUUUGUCUGCAACCAAAGACCUAACAUGAGACACAUUCUGUCGUUCUGGUUAAGCCCAAGAGUAAUGGGGUUUUUGUCUGCAACCCUCGGUCUAGAUUUCUUACUUCUUCCUCUUCCGGUUCCGGUCUGUGUUGAAUCUAUCCUUUUGGUCCUCUUUUUACGUAUGUUUUUGUCACACUCUACUAACAGUUGAAUAGAGAACUGAAAAAAAAAAAUUCCUUCCUUUUCUUAGCAUUUCAAUGCAACUCUUCUUUUAAGACUUUAUCUUUUUUUCUCGCCACAAUGAUGUUUAGGAUGGCCUUCUUUGGUUUAAGAAUAAUAAUUGCAGCCACUGCAAUACAUACCCCGACACCGCUCAAGUAUACGACUGAAGGUACUGAACUUUCCUUCUUUUAUCUUGCCUUUGUUCUUCUAUUCAAAGGAACCGAUCUACCAUGAUCUAUUCGCACUAGUUUUUCUCUCUACAUAAAUCCCCGUGUUGAUUUCUCUUGUUUUCCUGUGCUUUUAUUCUAUUGUUGUUUGCAUCAUGUUUCACUGCAAGACUCCAAUUGGCAUCUUAUCGGGUAUGUUAAUGAAGUUUUUGUGGAAUUUGGCUCAUUUAAGGGUGUUGUCCGGACAGCAUGAAAGCUAGUCCGGACAGCAUGCGUGCAUUUGGAGACAGAUUAGAAUGUGUCUGGACAGGCUUGAGAGCUGUCCGGACAGAUUAGCAGAUCUGCACUUAUCGGGACAGCCAUUUAAAUAAGAUUUGUGGGAUUUUUGAUACCCAACUUGGAGAGACUAGAGAGCUUUCUUCUGAGAGAGAAGCGAGAGAGCGCACUACUCAAGGGUAAACACUUGUGAGAGAGUGAGGGGAUCCAAGAGAUAGGCGAGCGAGCGGUUCUUGGGAUUCCGAUUGUCAUGUGUGGGUUGGAUUCUUGUCUUUGUAAUAUUCUCCUUUUGAUUUCUUGUAGAGAGAGCUUAAGAGAACAAAAUAGCAUCUAUAGUGAGCUUGUUCUCCUUGUAUUGGUGAGUCUCUCAACUUGUAACUUCUCCAAAUAUAGUGGAUACUGGAUCUCUGCUGCCCGUGGACGUGGGUUUUUUGUCAAA